AUGUUUGCUUACGACGGAGAGGAUCAGCUAAACAACCUCAUUGCCUCUGAGUUCUCGAAAGGAACGGCAUGCUUCCUUCUCCGCUCUGGCAAAAAGUCGAUUGAGAGUAUCAUCAACUUGGCUGAUACUGAUACCUCUUAUCAUAUUUCGUCUUUCGAUAUCACUGAAGGAUUAAUCCUCAUCAAGAUGCCUUCUCUUAUUCACUGUGCUGCUGCUCAUGAAAUAAAUUAUCUCAUAUUGCAGAAACUCCAACCAAUGAAACUCGAUAAAGCUAUUCGAGGCUAUCCUGGUGCUUCGAUUAGAGGCGAAGAAAGCAGCAGAGGCAAAGAGCCCGAUUACAGUUGGUGUCCUGUGAGAAGACCCCGUUCAUCUGCUCAUCCUAGGAUGAAAAUGCCAUCAGUUGCACUCGAAGUCGCAGUCAGUGAAAACGACAAGAAAUUAAAUGCAGAUGUUCGCUAUUUGCUGAGUCCUGAAGACGGGAAUGCUGAAUUAUGUCUCACACUUCGAGUCGAUAAAGUCAACAAUAAUAUUCGACUAGAAAGUUGGGCUCGACAAGAUGCCAACAACGACCAGCAGCGCUCGCACAUCCAUCGAACUCAGGUCGUCUAUGCGCGUAUCACACAAGACGGCCGCGCAAUCGUGACUGGGGAUCUCCCCUUUCGAAUCCCUUUCGAAAGCCUUAUGUUACGGCCGACCGAUCCUGGGACAGCCGCAGAACAGGACAUCCUAUUCUCGCAAAAUGACCUUGAAGAGCUUUCCGAGAAAAUUUGGAACGCUGAUGAUGUGGCAGAGGAUGAGGAGGAGUGA